AUACCUAACGCUAUUUGAAAAAUGUCUGAUUCGACUGAACGUAAGGCCAAUCCCAUCAAGUCUUUCUUGAGUGGUGGUUUUGGAGGCAUAUGCACUGUAUUAUCAGGCCAUCCUUUAGAUACUAUUAAAGUACGCUUACAAACUAUGCCCCGCCCUGCUCCAGGAGAAGCUCCAAUGUUUAAAGGCACUUUUGAUUGCGCUGCCAAAACAAUAAAACAUGAAGGCUUCCUAGGGUUAUAUAAGGGUAUGUCUGCCCCAAUGACCGGUGUAGCACCAAUUUUUGCUUUAUGUUUUGCUGGUUAUGCACUGGGAAAACGUGUUCAACAGACUGAAGGCAAUACAAAAUUAACAUAUUCUCAAACAUUUGUGGCUGGUUCCUUUUCUGGUCUUCUCUCCACUAUUAUUACUGCUCCUGGUGAGCGUAUAAAAUGUCUACUGCAAAUUCAACAAGCUUCAACGGGCGCAGAACGUAAAUAUAAUGGCAUGGUUGAUUGUGCAUUAAAAUUAUACAGAGAAGGCGGUAUUCGUUCCAUCUAUAAGGGUAGCUGUGCUACUCUACUUAGAGAUUUGCCGGCAAACGGCUGUUACUUCUUGGUAUAUGAGUACCUACAAGAAGUUGCCAAAAAACAAAGUGGCAGUGAUCAGGUCAGUUUAACUGCCACCCUUUUUGCUGGUGGUUCUGCUGGUAUCGCCUACUGGAUAGUUGGUAUGCCCGCCGAUGUUUUGAAGAGCCGAUUGCAGACAGCUCCUGCUGGUACAUAUCAACAUGGUAUUCGUAGCGUUUUUAAGGAGUUGAUGAUUAAGGAUGGCCCUCUUGCCUUAUAUCGUGGAAUAACUCCAAUAAUGAUUCGUGCCUUCCCAGCCAAUGCUGCCUGUUUCUUCGGCAUUGAAUUGGCAAAUAAAGCAUUCAAUAAAUUAGCUCCCAAUUUUUAGUUGAUUUGAUAAAAAAAAACGUGUAGAAUAUGUUUCAAUUUAUAUUUUUGUACAUUGUUCACGUAUCGUAGAUACAUCCUAUAUUUGAUAUUAUUAGAAUUUCAAUAAUAAGAAAAAGUUAUUACAAAUAAAAA